CGGUUCCCCGCCCUCCGCUGCGCGGCCCCUUAAGAGCGGCGGGGGGGGGCGGGGGUGGCGGCACUCGGCCGGCGGCGGCACGCGCAGAUCUUUGAACCCCGACUGAGUCAUUGCCAGCUUGGUUCAAGAUGCCACCGGCUAUCGGAGGCCCUGUGGGAUACACCCCUCCUGAAGGAGGAUGGGGAUGGGCUGUGGUUUUCGGAGCCUUCAUCUCCAUUGGGUUUUCUUAUGCCUUCCCCAAAUCCAUCACCGUGUUCUUCAAAGAGAUUGAGGUCAUCUUCAAUGCGUCCAGCAGCAAAGUCUCGUGGAUUUCCUCCAUCAUGCUGGCGGUUAUGUAUGGAGGAGGUCCCAUCAGCAGCAUUCUGGUGAACAAGUAUGGCAGUCGGCCCGUUGUGAUCGUAGGUGGCUUACUUUCUGGGGCCGGGUUGAUUGGAGCCUCCUUCUGCAACACGGUAGAGGAGCUCUACUUCUGCAUUGGGGUUGUAGGAGGCCUUGGACUUGCAUUUAAUUUGAACCCAGCCUUAACUAUGAUUGGCAAGUACUUCUACAAGAAGCGUCCCAUAGCCAAUGGGCUGGCGAUGGCAGGCAGCCCUGUGUUCCUCUCCACCAUGGCACCCUUGAACCAGUUCUUCUUUGGCAUCUUUGGCUGGCGUGGCAGUUUCCUCAUCCUCGGAGGUCUCUUGCUGAACUGUUGUGUUGCUGGAUCCCUGAUGCGGCCCAUCGGCCCCAAGCCAGACCAGCUGAAGAAAGAGGAGGCCCUGCAGGAAGCUGGGAAGGCUGGUGACCCCAGCACAGACCUCAUCGGUGGGAAGACCAAGGAACAGAAGAGCUCAUUUUUGAAGACGAUCAACAAGUUCUUGGACCUGACCCUGUUCAAGCACAGGGGCUUCCUGCUCUAUCUCUCGGGCAACGUGGUGAUGUUCUUCGGGCUGUUUGCUCCCUUGGUCUUCCUCAGCAAUUAUGCAAAGAGCAAAAAGAUCAGUAAUGAGUCUGCAGCCUUCUUGCUCUCCAUCUUGGCCUUUGUAGACAUGGUAGCCAGACCUUCCAUGGGACUAAUGGCAAACACCAAGUGGGUCAGACCCAGAAUCCAGUAUUUCUUCGCCAUCGCUGUGAUUUACAAUGGGGUGUGCCACCUCUUGGCCCCCAUGUCCACCACCUAUGCUGGCUUCUGUAUUUAUGCUGGCUUCUUUGGCUUUGCCUUUGGCUGGCUGAGCUCAGUCCUGUUUGAGACCCUGAUGGACCUGGUGGGAGCACAGCGGUUCUCCAGCGCCGUUGGCUUGGUGACCAUUGUGGAGUGCUGCCCUGUGCUUCUGGGACCCCCUCUGCUAGGGAAGCUCAACGACAUGUACGGUGAUUACAAGUACACAUACUGGGCCUGCGGGGUCAUCCUCAUCAUCUCUGGGAUUUACCUCUUCAUUGGGAUGGGCAUCAACUACCGGCUGGUGGCAAAGGAGCAGAAGGCGGCGGACAAGGCGAAGCACGAAGGGAAGGAGGAGGAGACCAACAUCGACGAGGCUGGGAAGCAGAAAGAGGCAAACAACGAUGUGGCUCCCUUGCCUCAGAAGAGUGGAGAGGAUGGUGUCAAAGAGGAGGAGAGCCACAUGUGAGGGACAGGUCUCAAUCCCGGAGUGUCGGGGAAGUGCUGCUGCCCUGGCGCAGUGGCUGGGGCACUGCUCCGCUGGCGCUGGGCAGCCGUGAGAAGUGUUUAAACCAGGUGUUCAUUUUUUAACCAGGCUCUGAGUUCUCUUUCCAUCUGUGUUCAACAAAGGUUCAACAGGGCUACACUUACGCAGUAUCCUUGGUUUUUUUGGGGGGUGGGGGGGGUUCAAGGAGGGGUAGGGGGACGCUUUUUAUAGUUUGGCUUUUUAACAGUAACAUGAAUGUACUAAUAUGUGCCUUACAGUCUUCAUAUCUAGCUGAAUCUGGAGGAGCCUUAACUCUAAGACGUGCUUUAGCUCUGUAUUCUGUUUGGAGUGGGGAAGUGGUGGGUGUUGAUGUGUUUGGGGUUUUGUUAAAAAGCCAUAAAAAAGCAGGAUACUGGAUUUGUUGAAGCACGAUGGGCUUCAGGGCCAGCCCCAGAUGAAUACUGCUUCACACGCUUCUUACUGCAGGUCCUGCGGAGGGGAGACUGGGCGUGGGGCAGGGUGGUCUGAUCCCCUGUGCCUGGUGCCUCUUGGUUCUGUAGGUGGUCUUUAGGUAUGUUCUGAAUACAUGUUAGCUACUGUAGUUCUUUAAAAUCCUUGUGGCUGUUCUCUCAUGGGAUAUUUGGGUUCGAGAAGGUUGAUUGCGGUUCAUUUUAGGUAGCUGUGCCUGCUCUGGGGCUGUGGCAGCCCCUGUGACCUGGACCCUGUGCCUAAGCCCUCUGUGGGGAGGGUUGAGGUCCCCCCUACCCCCCAGCUCUGCACUGGCAGUGCCUUUUCUCAGCCUGAUGCUGGGUGCUGUGAACAUGGUAGUGCCAGCCUUGGUCCUGUUUGCAGGACUGUGCUGCCCUGUCCCUCUGUGAGGUGGGUUUCCACUACAGCAUCCCUGUGAUCAGUCCCACCCAGAUGGGUGUUCUGGUGCCUGAUUGUGGGCAGAGCGGAGGGGUUGGGUGAGGUGAGUGGAGAUGGUACAUCCCUGAGAUAUGCCUUUUGCUUUUGCUCUUUUAUCUCUUUAGAGAAACCUCUUUUACUUGCUUCUGUUCAACUGAGAUCUUAAGGCAGUGGAUGCCCAACCACUCACAUCUAGGACACGUAGUGGGGAGGAAUGAAUUUGUAUGUAUUUAUUUUUUAUUUUUUAGUGUUGGAAGUUAUCUCAUUGUACGUGGAGCAGGUUAAUGGCUCUCAAGGUCUAGCAAAUGUUGAUCAGAAACCAUAUAAGAGGCUGAGUUUUUUCAAAUAAACUUGUUUUUUACAGUUUA